CAAAAACGUUCUGGUGGUUGUGAUGUACAGCUCCUUCUCCAACUCUCAUCUCUGUGGAUUCACACCUGUUCAGAGCAUCGUUUUCCUCUGUCAUCUCGGCAGCAAAGAGACAGCCAACCCACCACAUACAUGUUUUAAGAGGGCUGGGAUGGACAGUUUGAUCCUGCGGGCUGGUGACACUGAAGUCCUGGUGAGAUGUCCUUGAGUGUUAACGAGAGCCAAUCUUCUCCGUCAACGACAGCUCUGCCUCUGCCAUUCAACAGCUCCACCUCUCCGCAUUCCCUACCAUGGGAGGAGGGCAGAACCCCAUACGAGUCAGUGCAGGAGUGGUUGGGGAAUAAGUCCCAGCUCCUCUCAGACCUCGCUGUCCUCGGCAAUGAUGAGCAGUGCCAUAUGUCUCCUAUCCUGACGGCAUGUCUCGUGGUGUGGUACAGCAUAACAAUGGUUCUGGGGUUGGUGGGGAACAUCGGCCUCAUCUGCAUAAUCGCCCGUCGCAGAGAAAAAGUCAAUGUCACCGGCAUUUUCAUCUGCAACCUGUCAUUCUCUGACAUCAUGGUGUGUGUCUUCUGCCUCCCCUUCACUGUCAUUUACACGCUAAUGGACCAUUGGGUGUUUGGGUCACUGCUAUGCCGGCUUGUACCGUUCAUCCAGUGUGUGUCUGUGACAGUUUCUGUGCUGUCUCUGGUGUUCAUCGCUCUGGAAAGACAUCAGCUCAUCAUUAACCCCUCUGGCUGGAAACCGAGCAUUCCUCAGGCCUACAUGGUGGUUUUUGUCAUUUGGAUCCUGGCCUGCUUCACCUCCUCACCUUUCUUGAUCUUUCAGCUCCUCACAAGUGAACCCUAUACUAAUGUAUUCCUCCCCCAAGCGUCUCCUCAGGUUUAUCUCAAUGCAUCUUCACCUCCACCUGUUUCCUACACAUACAAAAACUCAUCUGUGCUUCCAAAUUCAUACCGCACCCUCUUUUCUUACGUCCCCACCUCUCCACAUAUUGAGGCCUGCCUGGAGCACUGGCCAUCCCAGCAACACAGGCUUGCUUACACCACAUGGCUCCUGCUGUUCCAGUACUGUGGUCCACUUUUGUUGGUUUUCCUCUGUUAUGUUAGAGUUCUUGUGCGACUUCGCAAGCGCAAAGACAUGCUGGACCGCGCAAGGACCCCAGAGAACCAGCGCAUGACCCACAGCCGCCGGAUCAACAUCAUGCUGGUCGCCCUCAUAACAGCCUUUGCUCUUUGCUGGCUGCCGCUCACCAUCUUCAACGUGGUGUCAGACUGGAACCAAGAGGCUCUGCCUAUCUGCCACCACAACCUGCUAUUCUCCCUCUGCCACCUGCUGGCCAUGUCCUCCACCUGCAUCAACCCCAUCAUCUACGGCUUCCUCAACUCAAAUUUUCGGCAGGAGGUCAGAGAGGUGAUCCUGCACUGUCGCUGCAGCCGACUGGAGGAUGAGUGUGAGCGCUUCCCCAUGUCCACUGUGCACAUAGAAAUGUCCCGAUCCUCUGCGCCGCUCAACUGCAGGAGCAACUCUGUUGAUAUUACAACUUGAUGAAUACUGCUGUAGUCAGAUAUAGUCAUAAACUGUACAGUUUUAGGACUAACUUCUGCUGUUUGUUCCUACUUUAAGGACAGUACAGUCGUUUUGUCAGUGGUUUACAGUGAAGUGUGCUGUACAAUGUUGGUUUAUCUUUUUCUGCAGUAGCAGUAAAAAGUGUGUUGACGUUUAAAAAACAGUUUUAAAAGAAUGUGUCAUUUCAAACUAAUAUUUUGCUGUGUCCCUAUUAGAUGCUUCAUAUUAAUUGUAUACAGUUUUAUGUACUGCGGGGGCGAAGCCAGACAUUGUAUACAUUUGCGGCUGCUCCCCUGGGGUGAUUUUUCCCCAUUUAUAGCAGAUAAUACAAUGCCUUAAAUCUGUAAAGCCUUUGAGAAAAACAUGAUAGUUGCCAAGGGAAAAAAAUCUCCCUGAAGAGCCUACAUACUCUUUGUAUCUGUUCUCUGACGGCCUUCAUCCUUCUGAAACCAUAACACAACAAAUGUUGAGGAUGUUUGGCUGAAGAAAUCUGCUACAUCUGAAUAUAUCCCAUAAUAAUCUGGGCUGCUCUAAUCGCAAAUCAAGAAUCCCAACAAUGUUGGCCAAAAGAAGAACAUUUACUCAAUUGUACUAAAUUUAGUAUACACAAGGCAAAAUUUCUCUUUUGUUCCAUUUAAUUUCCAUUCCAGUCAGAGAGACUGAGAGGAAGUGAAAAAACCUAAAAGAUUGAGGGCUUUUACAAAAGGAUUUGGGGCUGUAUUUGAUUUUUGUAGUGCUGCUGUUGUAUUUCUAACAUUUUCUUACUUUUUUAUUGUAUUUAUGACAUUUGUGCUGUGACACUGAUGUGUGAAGUCAUACAUCUAAGAAAAACAUGAAGUGUAAUUUUUGUGAUUAAUGUGACUUAAAUAGGUAAAAUGUAACACUUUAUAACAUUAGUAAA